CUUCUUUGAUCGGAACAUGUGCUACAUAGUUGGAGCCGGCUAUGAGGGCGUGGCAAGUGUGUUGAUUUUGACCUGUCAUUCACAUAGCGGUGUCGUCGAUUUCAGCGGCAACACGUGCACUUCCCUGUUCGCCACCCUUCUGGUAGGUAACAUAGCUUCAAGAAGAAAUAUCAAAGUGCAGUGUGGUACCAACAUCAUUUACGAUGACAAGGCAUAUAUUCACACACCCUGUGAUGCGAAGAGUCUGCAGCUUUGCAUUACGCAGGAUGUCCAGUGAUGCAAGACAGAUGAAGUUGAGUCCCGCCUUUUUCCAUCAAUGCGUCACUGACAUUGGUGUGAACUUCUUCACUGGGGUCCCCGACUCCUUGCUCAGUGACUACUGUGCUUAUGUUCAGGUCAAUGUACCAGAAACAGAUCAUGUGAUCGCAGCUAACGAGGGCAACGCAGUAGGUUUGGCUGCUGGCUAUCAUUUAGCUACUGGGCACCCGGGGAUGGUUUACCUACAGAACUCAGGUCUGGGCAAUACUGUGAACCCCUUGAUGUCACUGACAUCUCCAAAAGUUUACAGUAUUCCACUGCUCCUUCUGAUUGGAUGGCGAGGGCAGCCAGGGGUCAAGGACGAACCUCAGCACUUUGCUCAAGGGCAGAUAACUCCAGAUAUGCUCAAAUUGAUGGACAUUCCGUGUAGAAUAUUGCCGAGGGAUGAAACAGCUGCCAAAAUGGUUGUACAAGAAGCUGACCAACAUUUCAAGACAAAGAAGUCCCCUUUCAGUAUUCUGGUGGAAGCAUCUACAUUUUCAGAGUACAAGCAACCUCCGUUACAGGCAAACUUCCCCCUACUGAGAGAAGAGGCUUUGAAGACUGUUGUAGAUGCACUAGAAGAGUCAGACAUCAUCGUUGCGACCACAGGGAAGCUGUCUAGGGAACUGUUUGAAUACAGAGAAUCCAAAGGUGAAGGUCAUGAGAAGGAGUUCCUCACUGUGGGGUCAAUGGGUCAUGCGUCUUCUAUAGCACUGGGUAUCGCUAAACACCAGCUGGACAGGAAGGUUGUGUGUCUAGAUGGUGACGGCGCAGCUCUUAUGCAUCUUUGUGCCAUGGCAACUGUAGGUCAAAGGGCGCCCUCAAACUUCAAACAUAUUAUCUUCAACAAUGGAUGUCAUGACUCUGUCGGAGGCCAACCUACAGAAGCUAGCCAUCAUGAGACGUUCUCACUUGGUGGUAUAGCUCUAGCCUGUGGGUAUAGGAAGACUCUGAUAGCCGAGACUGCAGAGGAACUGGUCACAGGUACUAGGCAGCUGUUGGACACCCAGGGGCCAGUUCUGAUGGAGAUUAAACUGUCCGUGGGCUCUCGGAGCAACUUGGGUCGACCAACUCGAACUCCCAUAGAAAACAAGUCUGAUUUUAUGAAAUACCUUGGGUCUGCUUGACGAUCUGCUGUUGUCUAGUGCUGUUGUUUAGUGUUGUUGUUUAGUGUUGUUGUGUACUGUUUGAGCUUAGUAUACACAACUCCAAAGAAGUUAAAGAACAUCUGAUUUUUUACAUGAUUAUAGUUAAUCUGUCAUGUGACAGAUAAACUAUAGUCAUAUGAAACAAAUCGGUGUUCUUUAACGUAUUUUGAGUAUUACAUUUACAUAUAAAGAUAUAUUCAUAUAUCAUUGGAUCAUUCGUUUUCGGACAUCAUACGUUUUCAGACGGCCAUGUUUAUCGCGAUUAGUCGUGCUAUAACACAGAUCUUGUAAGUACUCAGAUGAUGGCCUGUUUUUAAGAUAAAGUCGUCUUUUAUAAGUGAGUGAGAUGUUUUACAGUUGUUCUUGUAGUUUGCCAAAAACUAUGAUUGUUUCUUAAGUGUCUGAUAAACUCAUAACACAUGGAUAUAUAUAUAUAUUUAUUAUUACUGUAUGCCCAUGAUGAUUAUUAUUAUUUCAGUGGAGGACAAAGUGGGGUUUACUGGGAGGUGUGUCAAAUUUAUUUAUCAUAAUCAGCUUAGACUUUUUCUUUGGGACAAACCUGCCUAAAAGAUGUUAAAAGGUAAAAAAAAACAAUUGUUUGAUUGCAUUUCUUUUUCACACACAUCUUUUAUCCAUUUAUUAUUCUUUUAAAUUAAUCUUUUUUAAUUUUAAUUUUAAUUUUAAUUUCAUAUCUGCAUUAUUAUUGUUAUUUCUUCACCACUGUAGAUUGAUAAUAAUUGAAUAGAUCAGGCAGAAUUACCAUGAUUAUAGUUAUUUAUUUUAUAUCAGAGGUUUUAGAUCAUAUUACUGUUAGAACAGGUUUAGGAACGCCAGGAUUAGAUAGCACCAGGAUUAGAUAGUGCCAGGAUUAGAUAGCGCCAGGAUUAGAUAGCGCCAGGAUUAGAUAGUGCCAGGAUUAGAUAGCGCCAGGAUUAGAUAGCACCAGGAUUAGAUAGCACCAGGAUUAGAUAGUGCCAGGAUUAGAUAGCGCCAGGAUUAGAUAGCACCAGGAUUAGAUAGUGCCAGGAUUAGAUAGCGCCAGGAUUAGAUAGCGCCAGGAUUAGAUAGUGCCAGGAUUAGAUAGCGCCAGUCAUGCGGGUGGAUUGUUUUGGGCUUGAAGUUCCAUUCUGUUCGAUGGAUCUGCGCUUGUAUUGUAGGUGUCUGGUAGAGUGCCCUGCUGAAUCGAAGUAGCUAGCGACAGGUUUGUCUUGGGUGAUUGACAUCGGCAAAGUGUUCUUUAAGUCGGAUGUAGAAGUGAUGUUUUGUUUGUCCUACAUAUUGUUUAUCAUAUUUCAAACAGUGGGGUAAGUAGAUUACAUUUCUACAGGUGUGUAGAACUUGUAUGUCUUGCCUAAGUGUGACUCCUGAAUGUGUUUCUAGUUUUAACAUUCAUACAGAUUUUGCAGCUCUCUGAGUAGCGACCAGUUUGGUGGCCAAAUGCAACUUAAAUCUUUCACUGGUGACCUACCAUAUUCGAUGUAAUAAGCUCCCAGGGCGCUCUCAAAAUUAGACAUAGGGGCCUAUUAUUAGAAUAUAAUUUCGGUGAGAUAAAAAACAGAGUUGAAAGAUUGUAAAUUUUGU